AUGGAUGUCUUCUACGCCUACACCUACUCCACAUCAGGAUGGCUGGCCCUGCAAAGCGCCGCCCUGAUCUCAGUCCCGCAGGGCAUCUCAGCAAUGCUACUUGACGAAACCCGUCCUGCAACUCCAAUCGAAAUCUACUUCGCCCGCUGUCUAGGCUUCAGCCUCCUCACCAUCUCAGCCCUCACUUUAAUGCUCACGGGCUCAAUCCCCUUAACAUCGGGCCUCUCAGACCCCAUCUCAACCGAAGACCCGGAAUCCGAGUCCGACCCCAAGGCGCCCUACGCUGUGCCGACGCUGAUCGUGACAUCGGCGUACCAUGCCGCGUCGGCGUUCUAUGCAUACACGCGCUAUGUGGGCGAUGCCAAGGGCGUCUUCCUGAUUGCGAUUGUGGGCUACUCGACUAUCGCUGCGGUGGGGCUGUGGUGUGUGCUGUUUGCGAGCAGCCAUGGGCGGAUCAGUCGGCGGACGGGGGUGGAUAAGCGCACGUCCGGGUUUCCGUUUAAGAAUAAGGAGGCGAAGAAGAAGCAUGAGAAGGGUCUUUAA